AUGUCAUUCUACCAGAACAACAUGUUCAAUCACUUGAUCCAAAGCAACACUCUGGAUUCAGGAACAAUCACUACGGACGACAGCAAUGAAUUUGAAGGCGAUUCCAAUUCCGGUUCCGACAGCGCUGGUCUCCAGGAAGUCAGCACAGGGAGCCAGAUGAGUCCAUGGAGCAACUAUUCAAUAUCCCAGAUGCGUGAACUCCUUCGCCAACGUGGCCAACUUACAACGGGGAGCAGGCACGCUCUGAAGAAGCGACUGAGGAGUACAGAAAAGUCCUCUCCUGCCUCGCAAGCCGCUACAGGCUCGCAUACAACGACAAUGGACAAAAAGAGCGCCAGCAUAACGCCUACGGCAGCUGGAGCCACAACUAUUGAUGGAGCAGCCUACAUCAGAAGCGCCACCACGGAAGAGGUUUUCAGGAUAGAAGCAGAUUACAAGGACGAUGCUAUGCGCACAGCAUUUGACGAAGGCAUAUCACACUCGGCUCUCGAAGACGUAGAGUUCAGGAAACCAAGGUCAUCGCAGUCGAUCCGCUCAAGAGUACCGAGACGAACCAAUAGCUUUUCAGCCCACUUUACAGAGUUCAUUAACAGAAGAAGAGAGGCCUUGGAAACAGAGCGACACGAGAUCUCGGUAUACACUUCGCCACUGACUGUUUUGUCGUACUUUGUUCUUUACAUCCUGCAUGAGUUCCGUAUGGCAUUGCUUUGGAUCAUCUCCCAACAGUACUUGCUCGUGCUAUUCCCAGUCAUCGCCGCGACAGUCUACUUCCUGUACCAGACGAACGGAGCUCACCAGCCACUUCUGAAGCACGCGGAGUCAGGACUGAUCUGGUAUGGAUAUUGGACAUUACUCGGGAUUGCAUCUUCGGUCGGACUCGGCACCGGACUGCACACAUUCAUCCUCUUCCUGGGACCACAUAUCGCAGAGGUCACGCUCACAGCCUACAAGUGCGGAAACACUGACUUUGAUGUCAGAGGCGAUCAUAGGUAUAUCUGCAAGUCGCCAGAGUCGCUCACCGUCCCCAUCGGCAUCUAUACGGUCUUUCAAGCUGUGCAAUGGGAGAGUUUCUUCUGGGGAUUUGGAACUGCUAUCGGAGAACUGCCGCCGUACUUUGUUGCAAGGGCUGCUGCACUGUCUGGGAACAGGAACGAGGAGCUGGCAGCCAUUGAAGAUCUGCUGAAGAAGAAGCCCGAUUCGGUGUCAUACAAGGAACGCAUCCUACUCAUGGUGCACGAGGGCAUGAAGCGCCUGGGAUUCUUUGGCAUUUUCCUUUGUGCCUCUAUCCCCAAUCCGCUCUUUGACCUCGCAGGAAUCACCUGCGGGCAUUUCUUGAUCCCGUUCUCGACCUUCUUUGGCGCCACCUUUCUUGGCAAGGCCGUCGUGAAAUCGUCGAUCCAGACCCUCUUUGUGAUCCUGAUGUUUUCUGCCGACACACUCGCCGCGGUCAUGAGCUGGCUCGAGCGAUCGGCUCCGUUCAUUCAUGGAUAUCUCGCUGACGGAAUUAAUUCGCAAAAGGGCGCUCUUCGUGGAGAGGGCAGGGUGUCUGAGGACGAUCUGGAGAACUCAACCAGCCUUGUGGGCCUAAUCUGGAACACCAUCAUCUUUAUCAUGAUCUCCUACUUCCUCCUGUCGAUUGUCGAGACAAUGGCGUUGGCGCAGAUCAAGAGAAGACACGAUCAGGAACUUGUCGAGCUGGAGGGAAAGAUCCGAAGUGGCGACACCAAAGCUCUUUUCAGCGCGGUAUCAGAGGAACUGACUGAAUCCAGGAGGAGAGCGAACUCGGAACUGCAGCGAACAUCAACACCAGUGCCACACCAGAAGGCACAAACACCAUAG